AUGCGACACAGCAGCGCNCCCUCUGUACCGUCAGACCGUCAUACCGCCCAUAGUACCACUCUGCAACUCGGUCCUCGGAUCCAACCACCAGUCAUUCCUCCGCAAGAUGAUACCAGACAUGAUCGGAUAGAACCAACACGAGUUGCGCCCUUGUCCAAUGAUGUCUGGGGACGUUUGAACAACUUUGCGCGAUGGCAACAAGAUCCAACCUGGAUUCCGUCUACUGCACCCGCCAGUGUUCUGUCAUACGAACCGCAACCAGAGCCGCGGCAGACGCCCUCGCCGGUGAAGAGUUCAACGUCCAACGAACGGCCAUAUGCGUCACUCUUCCCAAACAUGGAUGGCUUGAUGGCCAGCCCUACCGUGCAAGGUACACCCACUGCCGACUACGUGCCUGAUUCACUACGGGUCGAUGUGCCUUCCGACGCUCAGCAUAACCAAGGAGAAAUUCAUCCUGCGAGGCCUGUGGACUCAAACGCAGAAGCACCCGAUGUUGCAGAUACCAAACCAUGUCUAGAGGUCGCCAAGUUCGUCGACAACAAACCGCAAGAAGCACCAAGUACACCAACCAAAACCGUGACGCUCGACGUGCAAAACAUCCUUCAGAGCUGUGUACGGCGUCUAGAAACACUCGAGACUUAUUCCUUCUCUCACGUCCCCCUCGACGAAGUACACGAAAAGUUCGAGCUUCUCGAUGGCCGCCUGCUGGAAAUGGAAUACUGGAAGAAAGAUGUCGACGCUCGCCUUGAAAGAUCCAGACUGGCUCUCGACGACAAAGACUCGCAAGCCUCCACUUCUUUUCAGGACCUUCAAACCCACGCUGGCAGCAAGGCACUUCUCUCGCGCGUGUCUGAUGUCGAGGAUCGAUUGGCGGAUCUGGAGAGCGCGCAUCCUUCAUACGCUAACCCAUGGGAGAUUGAAAUUGUCCUUCUCCCGUUCGGCCGGACGCUGAAGGGGGUCUGGCAUGAGUCGACUGAUUGCGACCCAAAUGUGUGUCCCAGCACACAUGCAGCCCAGUGCGGCUCAGUUGGAUCAUCUGGCAGCUUGCUUGCUCCGACCGGAAGUAAAGGACCUGCUUGGACUGCGGAUACAAUCGAAGCUUGGGCAAACACCAUCAACCCAUGGCUCUGGCCAAAAGCACCAGGCCCGAAUAGCAACCUGUUCAAACGUCUUCAAAGUCGAGGACUUAUUCGUAACGUCAGCAUUGUCGACACUGGCGCGCACGGCGUCUGGGAGUCCAUCAAGGACGCUUUUGCCGACUUUGUUGAAACACAGCCACUCUACCGUACCAACAACCAACAGCAACCAUACGAAGCACUCAGAGAAGCAUUUGUACCGCUACGAAAGGUCAAAAAGUCUUCAUGGCUUCGAUACCUGGAACCUCACGAGUUGAUCACUCCUGCAACAUGGGAUAUCUCUUUCCUGGAUUCUGGCGUGUUCAUGAACGGCAAAGGUGGCCGCAAACGUCUCUAUAUGACCACUGCCGAUGGCUACAUCCAACCAGGAAAGACUGGUUGGACGUGGCAGCAAAUUCGUGAUCUACCACGCUAUGAGAAUGCUAUGGCCAGGUCCGGUCUACUAUUCAGCAGCGAGGCACCCUCCGAGCCUUUUUGGGCACACAUGGCAGCGCUCGACGAUGCGCCCACAUUCUCAUCCUUUAUAUCGCAAUGCAGCAACACUUCUCUCGGCAAACGACGUAUAUCUGGCGUCACCUUUGAAGACCCAGAGAUCGAGAGCCCAUCAGCCAAAUCCUUCACCUCAAACUCUUCUGGAGACACAAUCACUCCACGCUUCUCAGAGUCCUUCCCCAUCAUCACAAAAAGAGCUUCUCAGUCCAGACGUCGUGAAAGUCCAUCAUGUACACCUAUUGCUUACCAGAAGCGUCGUCGCACAUCUGGCUCUCCCAGCAGAUACAGAGGAGGGCUUGAAGAAUUGACGCCGAGAUGGUCACAUGAGCCGCCGACACCUAUGAUGGAAAAUGCUUGGGAGACUCGCAGUCACUGCAGAGCAGGGUCAAGCAGAAAGAGACUUAGCACACCUACUGCCUAUGCGACACCACACAGCCACAACGUCGCCAAUGUCGUCGACCUUGCCAUGGCAGAUGGUGGUGACACCGAAGUCGAAUCUGUAGGCUCCGGCCGCGCUGACAGCGAGCAUGAAUGGGCGGGACUUGAUGAAGAUGGAGACGUCAGCGAUAUGUCGCAGCUGAACUCACAGUCCAGCUUCUCUGCCAGUGAAUGGAUCGAAGACGACAACGAGUCUUUUGACCAAGAUGCAGAUGAUGGCGAUAGUCUUUACGAACCAUGA